AUGACUUAUAGCCAACCUUCGUCUUACUCAAAUUACGACCAUUACCAUCCUUCAGCUUCUCCCACCAGUUUACUCAAGUCCAAGCCAGCGGCAUCUCAGAGCUUUUAUAGGUCUCCUUCGAACGCCACUUCGCAGGCAAAUCCCAGAACUCUUCCUCCUUAUAUCUCCCUACAAAGAGCUUCGGAACCUGCCUCACCUGCUACAAUCGCCACAACAAUUUCCUCUCAUUCUACUCCUUCGCCGUCGCCUUCACGGCCGACGAAUAUGCCAACUACUGCCUCAAAUACAGACUUCACCCUGUUUGAUGAUGCGAUGAUGGCCGUCGCCCAAGAUGUCAAUGCUGCCAACUCUGCCAAAGGACGGUCCGCUCUCGGUGUAGUGUCUGCUUCUUCAUCUAUGCCCGAAAACCCAGCUACCCUUACCACUUACGCCCCAAGUGCGUUCCCGAUAAUAGUUUCCCACGAUGUUCCGUACUCAAACUACCCACAGUCUGCAAUGUAUGGAAGUUAUUCGGGUAACUACUCGGCUCCUGAUACUACAUCUAGCUUUUACACUCUCGGCCAGGAUCAACCUGUUUCUUCACCACAGCAAAGACAACCUCAAACAAAUACUAGAUAUCUUCGUCCGGUAUCCUAUUCCAACAACCAGAACUCGGCUCCUAGGCAGAGAUCUACAUCUUCUCAACUAAACAACGAAGUCGAACCUGUUGAAAAUGUCCCAGCGCUUUCUCCAACUAAGCGUCAGGCAAACUCCGGAUAUCCUUCCGGAGCUUCCACUUGUGAGGACCAGAACCUAUCCAUAAAUACAUGGCUUGAAAAAUACUUACAACCGGGCUCAGAUUUGAAUUCCGCUAUGCCCAAGCUAGGCCGGACAUUUUCGGAUGCCAUCCAAGACGAGCUGUACAAUCCGGAACAAACCCGUGAUACCUACAAUACCUCUCAAGGAACUAUGGCAUCACCUCAGAAGAAGUCUCUUGACUCCAAGCAUUCUUUCCCACACAUGUUCCAUGAGGCGCAGCAGCAACACCAGCAAGUCUUUUCUCAGAAUGGUUCACCUCAGCAGUUGGGCAGUCGGGACCGCUCUCCGUUUCGCCACAACUCGCCAUUCCACCCAACGAAUCACUCUAGCAUGCCACAUGCCAUCGACCAAAAUCAGCUGGCUAUGGCUCUGGCUAUUGGAGAGCAAAUGAGAAAAGAAGCCCAGCAAACUGUCGCACCAAAGACGAUUUCUCCGAGGGAAUCCCUUCUAGAAUAUCAAGAGCCAGAGAGCCAACACACUCAGAUGGGCCUCUUCACACAAAUCCAGGAUACCGGCAUAAUAGGUCCUCAGGAUGACUCAAUGAGCAACGGUGGUAGCUUACACGCAUCGUCACAUGACGGGUCGGAUUUAGAGGACUUCCAGAGCAUGGCCACAAGCCGUCGGGCUAGCAUGGCAAAUUCGACAGUUUCGUCGCAUUUGGAUGUGCCUAGGUUCGGUUACAUGCAGCAGCCUGCUUUUGAAGCCAUUACUGCCAACCCAUAUUACUAUACAGAUGCAAACUCCCUUGGGGCUUCGUCAUUGCCACUCAGCGACGCAGCGAGUGCUUACCUCAAGGAAGAGAUGCAAAGAAAUCCUAUCACACGCCCACUGGAUACAUCGGCUAACACCGGUACUUACACUUGUACAUUUUCUGGCUGUGGUCAGAGAUUCACAACCUCCACAAAGUUGCAAAAGCAUAGACGGGAGGCGCAUAGAAAAUCAAUUCCUUCAGGAAACAGCGUUUCUAGCGCAGCCGCUAUUGCCUGCAGGAAUGCACAACCCGGCCCUCAUCGCUGCAUGAGAGUCAACCCAUCAACUGGGAAGCCUUGCAACACGGUAUUCUCCAGGCCUUACGACCUUACAAGGCACGAAGAUACGAUUCAUAAUACAGCCAAGGCGAAAGUGAGGUGCGAAAUUUGUGAUGACGACAAAUUUUUCUCUCGCAGUGAUGCCUUGGUGCGUCACAGAAGGGUGAAGCAUGGUAUCCACUAA